AUGUCCUCCUCGUCGCUGGGCACUUCGCAUCCGGAUGACCUCCAGCCUACGGCACGGUUGGGCCCUAGUGGGCUCCAGCCGCUCAGGCCUGGGAACGCUUUGCCACGGAUAGGACCAGCUGAGACGCCACCAGAGUCCGUGAAAUCGACAGCGAGGGGAGACGCGCCAACGCCAAAGCAGAUCAAAUGGGUCCCACACACGCAUCCAAACCCUAUGCACGCGAGGUUUUGCUACAUGUGUUUGCAUGGGGCAUUGGAGGGGAAGGAGGUAACGCUAUAAUGGAUUCUUGCAAGUGAACUUGAACAAUGGGUGCAGCUGGAGGAUUUCAUUUUUAUCGUGUCCAAAAUAUGGUUUCUAACGCAGCUCUUCAAAUGCUGCACUUUUAGUAUUUCUCUUUGGAAUUCCUUCACGCGAUCAACACUAAAACUAAUUGUUGUUCCUGGUUUACGUUUAUUUGAUGCAUAAUUUGUAGAAUACAUGCAUUUCGUGAGGAAAUACAUGCUUUUUUUUUGAUUUUUACGACCACUAGAUCAUUCAACUACAGGAGCUAAUAGCGCAAGAAGUGCGGACUGACGAUGACGAACUUCCCUCGACUGUGGAGAUGCGAAAUAGAGGAUACUUGCAUAUGAAAGAGCACGUUCGGCAACUAGCGGACUUUAGGAGGAACAAUUUGCCAGCGAUAUGGCUUAGGGAUGUCGUCAAGGAAGUCUAUUCUCAAAACAAAAACCUGUUGCUGGAGUUGAACACGCAGAUAGCAAGGGAGGAUCCUAGAAGUCCGGUGGCUGGAGGAGGCACAUGGUUUUUGAUCUACGAGGAUGAAGAGAAAAGGGAUUGGAAGGUACUUCUUAGUCGCAGAAGUAGCUUCUUAGACCUUAUAGACUUGAAAUUUUAUCGUUAGCUUCGUAGUCGUAGAAGUAGCUUCUUAGACCUUAUAGACCUGAAAUUUUCUCGUUACUACUCUUUCAUGAUCCUCUACUUUUGUUUUUUGUUAUUCUUCUUGUGAAGAUGAAAUGACGUAGAUUCCUUCUUCAAAGGCCCCGCGACUCAUCUACUAGCUAAGCAGCCCAUUGAAUUUGAAUAUCCAAUGGAUGCAGGUAGUCGAGCGGCUCUUCGAGCUUUUGCCUGAUGACUUGAGGCAUUUACGGCACAUGCAGGAAGUCUUGACCGAUUUUUGCACGUCAAGAGCGCUUUUUACUUACAAUCCUGACACCCCUGUGCUGGAACCCUGGUGCAAGGUGACUAUCCUCGAGAGGGAAAAGAAGCGCUUGGUCUACAGACCUAUGGCAGACUUGUCGAAACUGCCGGUUGACACGCAGAGAGCUAUCACCGACAUGGAGGAGCGUGCAGUGAAGAGCGGCAGUCUAGAGGAUUUGUUACCAUGGCCGAGUACGUUGAGACGAUUAGGAAAUUUUAGGAUCAUUCCUAGGAAGUACACGAAUGAGGAAAUACCGCAGUAUGAGCCGAUGGAAGCGCCACUCCCCAGGAGACCUGACAUACCAAACAUCGGAGACCCGUUUCCAAAGCCAAACUGUUACAUCCACCAUUUCCAGGAGAAGGGGAUGCCAAAAUUCGAGGUAAGUACGUAUAAUUCGUCUUCUCAUAUUACAUCGAGUAUCAAAUCUAACUAACAAUGACCUCUUUCCAGGCACAUCAAUCAAUCAAUCUAACGAAAAAAUACCAAACGUCGUCGUCUUAUCAUACUUAAUCGAGUAUCAAAUCUAACGAAAAAAUAAUUAUCAAACGUCGUUGUUAUCGCCUUCCACCUCCAGGUCCCCUUCGCAGUGCCCCAGCAAUUUCCUCCUCGGAAGAUGGACCUCGAGUACAUGCACCCUCAGGAGGUUUAUAGUUUGAAACAUUUUCCGAUGGUUCCGUUUUUGGAUCAUCCCGUGUGGCCGCCUGUGGAAUUCGUCCAAGAGUACGACGAUCCAGUCGCCGCCGGCUUCGACAAGCAGCUGAAGAAGACUAGGAAGAUCAAGAGGAAGAAGUUAGUCACACGUGGCAUCUGGGAGCCGGAGCUUGUGAGCAUGAAGGGCGAAAUCUUGCCGCCCUACAUGGACCGCGUGCGCAACGAGAGGCAUGGAGGCACCGAGGAAGACUUCGAUGAAAUGCAGGUGGAGGAUUCAGUGUACGUCACGCUCAAAGGCGGCACCAGACUAGUCCAGGACAUGAUUUCCAUCAUCUGCGUUCGUAGUUUCGCUCGCUUCCCGCCAGCACCAGUGAAACUCAAAUUCCCGGAAUUCCUAAACAACAUUGCUGUAGUCGACUGGACGAAUGAGAACACGUGUCAAAUAGUGAAGCAGAGGCAUGAAGUGCUGAUAAAGGAGAUGGAAAGGGAAGAAAAGGAGUUCAGAGAAGCACAGUUGAAUGAGCAACAGUUGCAGGCCUUGGACAUAGACUACGAUAUGAUGGCCGACAAAGAAGGAGCUGGAGGAAUGGGAGGACAGAAUCAAUUAUGUGGUGGAGGAUGAACAAACCUACUUGUAGCAAAAGUAAUACCACGUAAAGAUAUUUGAAGAUUUUAACUUGUAGUAAAAGUAAUUAUACCACGUAAAGAUAGAAUUAGAAGUGAUGCUUUUUUCUUUCAUCAGUAGACGUUGUCUUUCGCAACGCAAGAAUGUCUAUGUAUCAAAUGUCAGAAGUAAUCUUUUGUUAGUAACGACUACAUUUGUAGUUCGACGCCAGUUGUGCAACUCUAACUCCCAUCGCCGGCAUACCACAAACCGCAGACCAGAAGGAGAGGACUGAUGACUUCAAAAUCAUCGACGACGAUCGCUACCACGAAGAGGGCUUACCCCAAGAAGUCAAGAAGGAGCCGACCAGCGAAGCUACAAGGCAAGAAGCCGAUGCUCAGUUAAGGCUCAACUUAAUUCAUUUCUAUGAGUCAUUUCUCACUCAGGUUUUUCCCCUAAGAUGAUCGUGAGACAAUGGAAGCAAGAACUGAAAUAUUUUGUUUGAGUUCUAACUCAGCAGCAAGAGGAGGCAGCGACAAGUGGUGCUGGUGGUGGUGCUACUGGUGUGCCUGGUGCUGGGGUCACACAGAGUGGCGGAGCGACGAGUAGCAGUAUACCUCCAAUAAUGGAGCACGAUGAAGAUGGCGAAGAAGGAGGCGGCUACACAAGUCAAAAUAUGCCAGGAAUACAGGUACUGUUCUACAGCUUGAAGUUGUAAUUCGGUAAUCGCUUGCUCGGUAUAAAUAUGUAAAAAUUUGAUGAGACAUCGCUUGUCAUCAUUAGGAGCAUCUUCCCCGACCCAGUCUCAACAAAUCUGCGAUCAGACCACUAUCGAAUCACUCCCUAUUGCCUCUUUAUCCUUGUUGACUACGAUUGCCCUCACUCUUACUUUACUUCAUCAUCAUUGACUGAUUAUUUCGAUGUAGUACACCAUGGCCAUCUACUACUGCUUUACAUUCCCCACUCAUCGCCAUCAGGCUCCCGGUCUACGCCCUUCCGAAAUGACUAGGGAUCAGAUGGUGCUGAUGAGGCAUCAAAAACGUCUUCAGAACAUGGUAGAGAAGGAUCGAGACGAAAAGAGGAUAGAACAAAUAUUGACGAAGGAUAGGUUCUUGGAUGUCCUUGCGUCCAAACUUAGCGAAAAGAUGUCUGUCACAGCUGCACUUACGCAGGAUCCAGUUAGAGGACCGGGUAGAGUGGAUCCUUCGAGGUAAAAAAGUAGUUCCUUUCCCACUAGAAACUUAGUCAAUUUGUUGAGUGUGAGUGCACUUUUUCCUUUCAUUAUGAACAUAAUAAAUAUAUUUCAUAAAAAUUUGAGCUUCAUUUAUGACAUAAUAUUCGAAGAUUCACCACUUUCUGACAACUUACCUCACAAUCUAUCAGGGAAGCUUGGCACGCAGGCAUGGAAUUCAAGAGGCCUAAUGGCGAUCUUACUAAUUAUCGGACGCCAGCAGGUAGUCAUAUGACUAUGGUACAACAACCGCCGCAACCGAACUUUAUAGAAGACGACGAUAUGGCCAAGAUAGAAGGGAACAAACUGCCGAGAAGGUACUAACUUGUUGAUAAGAAGAAGAAGGUCAACAGAAGAACUCAUUCACAUUGAUUCUUCGCUAAUUUAAUAUCAUCUCUAUCAAUAUUCUUCUUCCUCCAUCUCCCUCCACGACUCCUCACAACUAAAAAACAGUCUCCGCGGCGACGACGUCGCUGGUCCAACGCCGGCUUUAUCCAAGUCUGCGCGUGCGAGCGAGUUAGCCGACGUGAACACUUACACCGAGGAGCGCGCGCGCGGCGACAGCUAUGUCCGACUCCUGACCAAGCCCGACGAAGAGGGCGCGAAGAAGCACACGAAACCGUAUCAGCCAAUCGUGAUGGAACCAGACGACAACUUGGUCCUUGGCGAACAGUUCCAUCUGAAGGCGGUGAAGGACCCACUAGAAGAGGACUUAGACGAGGACUUUGUCGACUUGGAGGACUCGAACACGAUGUUGUUCUCCUUUGUGCGUCACAACCGGUACGAGGCUCUGCAGAGUCUGCUAGAACAAGACGCAAGUUUGAUAUCGGUGCUGGACGAGAAGAAGAACACAUUGCUGCACAUCGCCUGCCAGAACAAUCACAGGAGAAUUGCCAAGUUGCUCAUCAGAGCUGGCAUCGAUCUGGACGCACAAAACAUCAAGGGGAACACAGCAUUGCACUACUGCUAUGCGUACUUCUACUUAAUAAUAUCUAUUUAAUAUCAUGCUUACUUAAUAUCCAUUCAAUUUUGAUAUGCAUAGAAGAUGCAGAACAUUUUUGCAUACAAUGUGGUUUUCUUCAUCACUGCUAGUAGUUUUCUCUGGAGAAGAUCAAAUUCAAAUUCAAAUGACUGACAAUCUUUCUUACAGUGUACAGUGUUUCAUCCAGAGUAGAGGUGAAAAAACGUGAGUGCAGCUGCAUGCCAACAUAAUUGUCCUCCUGCAAGAACAUCCACUACCUCCUCCCACAUCACCACCGACCAGGUACAAUUUCAUGCAACUUGCCGGCGUACUACUUGCGAAAGGUGCCGACGACGGUUUGCUCAACUUCCUCAACUUGCCUCCGAGCAAGGGUAUCGCACUCCCCGAUCCCCAUACCGGUCUCGUCAAACACGAGAAGGCUAUCGAAAAAGCGAUCAGGGAUGGCAACCCGCAGGCACUCGAUCCAGCAGAGAAGUUGAGACCGAAGUAGAGGUGGAAGACACGACUCUAGUUGUACUAUCACUCUAGUUGGAAAUACUAUAAUCCAGCACCAGCAGAGAAGUUCUUGAGACCGAAGUACUUCUAGAGGUGCACGAGGAAAUUUUUGAGGCCGAAGAAGUACAGAAGGAGCACGAAAUUGGUGGAUAAUCCAGUUGCAGAGGGAUAGCAGGCUCUUGUGCGGUGGGGCCUUCCGUCUUCCUUCUAUUCCUUCUAUCCUUUUCUUCCUUCACUUAGAUUUGUAAAGACUAGCAUGAUGAUGUGAAUGUGGUCCUCCACAAGAGGUUGUCGUGAAUGGUCUUUCUUUUGUCAUGCUAGUAUGUAUCAACUUGUUGUUCUGACGCCUCGCCCAGGUGUUGGACGCAUGAGAAGUGUGUAUUCAAUCCGGAGUGUUUAACGCAAAAUCAACACGAAUUCGAUAUGCAAUAUCAUCUUAGGAUUGAAUUUGAUGACUUGUGUUGUUUUAUUUGACUUAGUAGAAUUGCAAAGGCUUACAGGUUAUUCUUAUUGGUUAUGGUUUCUGGGGUUAUUCUUAUUGGUUUCCGAGGUUAAAUGGUUACUCACUCUAGUACAGAACGUUUCCUUAUCUUACAGAUGACGAUGACGAAAAAAUGCUAGAAAAAGAAGGUCACGACACUUUUUUGAUAUCGAUUCCCUGAAGCAAGGCUGUUUAUUUCCUGGUUAAGACGCAAGACUCAACCUUCAGACACGAGAAAGUCGAUCCUCAUUCUACACAAGCUCCUUUUGCAUGAACAGUGUGAUCCCCACAUGCACCCGUGGGGAGACGCAGCAAACAACGCCUCUUUCCUGAUGAAAUGAAUUCGAGACCCUGAGAAUAGAGCAUGCUAUUAAUUUGAACAAGAUCCUCACUGAAUGAAAAUGAAAGAAGAAACGACUAAGCGAAGAU